AUGUAUAACAACUACUGCGAUAAUUGGGAGAGACUAGUGGGAGCUGUGUUUGAUAGAGAGAAACUUAAGAAGCUUGCUUUAGCUCAUUCGAGAGAGUCGAGUUCAAGCUCCAUAUCCUGGCUGGAUUCUCCAAUUCAUGAGCAGAUUCUUCAACUUGAAGGCUUUAAAUCUCCCAGUACAGUAAAUGAACCGGAUUGGGAGAGAUUACUGCCGUCUGAUUACGAAGGCCUCAUCUCCAGAUCAGUGAAUCGUGUCGCCUAUGCAACCAAGAAAGACCUCUACUUAAGUCUCUGUGAAUUUCCUAUUUUACUUGAUGGAGGAAAAAUGAGCUUUCAUCUUGAUAAAAGAACAGGGAAGAAAUGUUAUAUGAUUGGAGCAAAGGAACUCGCAAUUUCAUGGGGUGAGACACCAAUGUACUGGGAAUGGAAGUCUCAGAUGGAUUCCAGUUUCUCAAUGGUGGCAAAGCUUUUGUCAGUAUGGUGGCUUGACAUACGUGGCAAGAUCGACACAAAAAUGCUAUCCCCAAAGACUCAAUAUGCAGUUUAUCUCGUAUAUAAAUUAGAACAGAAUUACUAUGGCCUUGGAUCAGCAAAUGCGAUGAUCAAGUUUCUUAUCCGUGAAGAUGAUGCUAAAGCUAAAAAGCGAGCUACUACUUUGCGACUUCAACCACCCGGGUAUACAAAUAGUCAGAAUGCAGUUGCGAGGAGACCCGAUGGAUGGAUGGAAGUAGUAAUGGGACAUUUUUAUAAUGAUAAAGGAGAUGAAGGCAUGGUGGAGGCACGGUUAUUGGAAACCGAUUGUCAGAAGAGUGGCCUCAUUGUUGAAGGCAUUGAGUUUCGGCCCCUGAAUGCAAACGGUGUUAUUUUUUCAAAGAAAUAUGUGAAAACAGUAAAGAAAGGGCUCUUAUCAAAAUUUAGGAUUUCUCAAUAA